AUAUUAUUUAUUAUUUUAAAAUAUUAAGAAACUAAUCAAUAACAUCUAUGUAACCAGCAAAAGAUACUUGAUCUGAAUUAAGCUUAAUAGAUCGAAUUUUUCACCUUAUAUAAUUUGAAUCUGUCCUUAUUAACACUUAUAAAUGAUGAUAAAAUCACAAAAAUCUCGUGAUCGAGAAUCACCAUACAAAUUACAUCAACAAGAUAAUUGUUUUGGAUUAACAGAAAAUGCAGUUUUACCAAAAGAUAAGGAUAAGGAAAAUUAUAAACCAAGGACAUUAAUUGAUCAAACCUUGGAAUUAAUAGAUCCAACACCUAAUAUUUAUACAUUGUUUGUACAAUUUAACGAACGUUUUUUCUGGAAUGUUUUACUUCCUGUGGAAGUUAAGUGGAGCCCCAGAAUGACAAGUUGUGCUGGUAUAUGUAGUUAUCAUCCUAGAAAUAAACAAUGUGUAAUAUCACUUAGUCUACCAUUAUUAAAACUUAGACCAAGGAAAGAUCUAGUUGAAACUUUACUGCAUGAAAUGAUUCAUGGGUAUUUGUUCCUUACAAAUAAUAAUCGUGAUAGGAAUGGACAUGGUCCAGAGUUUUGUAAACAUAUGGAUAGAAUAAAUAAAGCAGCUGGCACAAAAAUAACUAUAUAUCACAGUUUUCACGAUGAAGUUAGAUUAUAUCAACAGCAUUGGUGGAGAUGUAAUGGUCCUUGUCAAAAAAGAGCACCAUAUUUUGGGACAGUACGCAGAGCCAUGAAUCGUGCACCAGGCCCAUGUGAUUUUUGGUGGAAGGAACAUCAACAAACUUGCGGUGGCCAAUUCGUUAAAAUCAAAGAACCAGAGAACUUUAAAGCAAAAUCUUCAAAGAUUAAAGAGAAAGUAAAACCUUCUUCGAAAAAUGAUGAUAAUCAACCAAACAGUAUGAUGAAUUGGCUUACAAAAAAUAGUCCAUCUAUCACAGAAUCAAAGAUUAUGUUUACUCCUAAAAGUACUAAAUCAGCUGUAAAUAAUCAGAAUUCUUUAAAUGGAUUUAAAAAGCUUGGGAAUAAUAAUAACAAUGUUUAUGGUUGGGGUACAGGAAAAGCAAACAAUUCAAUUAAUUUACAAAAAUAUGAUAGUCCUAGUAGUACUAUUAAAAUUUCUACACCUAAAUUUUCAUCUUCUGGAAUUGUUGGUGGCUCUAAUAUAGGUCGUAGUAAUUUAUUGGACAAAUUAUAUAGUGAUAAUCAUAGUCAGGCUUCAAACAAAAAUACUAUAUUAUCAAGAAAAAGAAAUUCAUUAACUAAUGCUACAGAAUUGAGGAAUUCAAUUGUUAAAGAUAGUAAAUCAUUAAAUGAAGUACAAAUAAAACUUGUAGAAUGUCCAAUAUGCAGUAAUUUUGUGCCAAAUAAUGAGAUAAAUAAACAUAUAGAUUUUUGUUUAAGACCAAAUAGUGAUAAAAUAGACAAAAAUAAAGAACAAGUUAGCAUAAAAAAUUCUAAUAAUAAUAAUUUUGUAAAAUCAGAAACAAAACGGAAUAAUCCUUUAUUUGCUCAAAAAAGAAAAAGUGAAUCAAAUACAAUUUCGAUUAAGCAGCCAAAAAUAGAUCAAAUGGAAAAUUAUAAAAAAGCAAAUUGUCCUAUUUGUAACAAAAGUAUUGAUUUUAUAGAUAUUAAUGAGCAUAUUGAUAGAUGCCUUCUAGAAACAGAUGAUAAUUUUAUUAUUAAAUUGGAUAAUGCAAAUGAUAAUAAUAUGAACAAUUUAAGUACAAUUAUUAUUAACAGCUCUUCUAGUGAUGAUUCAUUUAAUCUUUCAGUUACUGAAAAUUCGGAAAAUGUUAAUCAAAAUGCAAAAAUUAAAAAAAAUAGUGUAUUGAAUACUGUUUCACAUAAUUGUUUAGUCUGUAACGAAUUUAUUCCUUCUGGAGUGUCGUUAAAUGAUCAUUUGGAAGAUUGUAUUGGGAAUGUUUUUAAUGACGAUUUAUCUUCCUUGACUCAUUGUGAUAAUAAUGAAAUAUUAAAUACAGUUCCUGAAAUAUUGAAUACAGCUACUGAAGUAUCAAUUGAAGAGAAUAAUAAAUAUCCUUGUCCUGUUUGUAUGCAACUAGUAACAGAAUCUCAAAUGAAUCAGCAUUUAGAUAUAUGUCUCACAAAUACUUGAGUAUAUAGUAAUAAAGUUUAUAACAUUCCUCUAUGAUUUAUAUUAAUUAAUAAGUUAAGUUUACAGAUUAUGUUAAAUUUUAUACCUUAGAAAAAUAAAUCACAAUAAAAAAG